AUGUUAUCCAGCCUGAGGACUGGAGUUCAGAGCCUAUGGCGUGUUUCUUCAAGGAGCCUGCAAACCAGCUCGGCUCUGCAGUCUUCCGAGUUGUUUGUGCAUCGAGACUCCCCCGAGGACAACUCUAGCACCCCAUUUGAGUUUACGCCGGAGAAUCUAAAGCGAAUUGAUGCCAUUAUGGGCUUAUAUCCAGAAGGCCACAAGCGUGGAGCUAUGAUCCCUUUGCUGGAUCUAGCACAGAGACAGAACGGUGGCUGGUUACCCAUAUCGGCUAUGCACAAAGUUGCCGACAUCCUAAACUUACCUCGCAUGAGGGUUUACGAAGUUGCUACUUUCUAUACUAUGUUCAUUAGGCGACCUGUAGGCAAAUACCACCUCCAAGUGUGCACAACUACACCAUGCUGGCUGCGAGGUUCAGACACUGUCUUGAAGACGGCGAAGGAGCUUACCAAAUGCGAAGUUGGGGGAACCAGUCCUUGUGGAAAAUUCUCCAUUUCUGAGGUGGAAUGCCUGGGGGCUUGUGUAAACGCACCUAUGAUGGCAAUUGAUGACGACUAUUACGAAGAUCUCACUGUGGAGGACACUAAAGAAAUCAUCGAGAAACUAAAGAAGGAUGAGAAACCGAAACCUGGACCAAGGAGUGGUCGUUUCGCUGCAGAACCACUAGGUGGACUGACCACCCUGACUACAGAACCCACCGGCCCUGGCUUCGGCCUACAAGACGCCUUUAAAUGAACCACUUUGUUUUAUUUGUACAGUUUAUUUCUAGGCAAUAUUUAAAUAAAUUCUGUUAGACUA